CUCAAACAAGCAUAACCGCUCUGCUUCAGAAAAAUCCAUAACUCAGAUCUUGCAAGAAGAUGAAGCCAAAGAAGAUCCCACAAAGAGGGUUAGGUGUAGCUCAGCUAGAAAAGAUCAGGUUAGAAGAGCAGCAAAGAAAAGAGGCAUCAUCUUUACUGUCCUUCAGGCCUCAACCCCUCCCCCAAAUUACCACUUUGCCCCCAUCACCGCCUCAGCCGCCAGUCAUUAUUGAUCUAAAGGGCAUGCCCAGAGGAGCUGAGGCUUGGGUUCCAAAGCCAUACUCUGAUGGCUCAAAGGCUUUGGCUGUUCAAGGGAAGAGUCAUAAUUGGAGUAAAUUGUGUGACAAUGGUGGUGAUCAUCAUCAACAUGGGAAAAGGGUUCCCCAGAAUUUGAAUAUGGUUAAUGAAUUAAAUACCCGAAAUUCGUCUCAGCAAUGUGUGUUGCAGAGAUCACAGCAUUGUCAACACCUUUCCUCUUCAUCAAUGGUGAAGGUCUCGGCAGGGAUUUCAUCAUCGGCAGCAUCAUCUGAACUGAAUUUCCAGACGGAGCCCCCUUCAAACCAAAAUUAUUGUGUCAAGAAUUAUACACCUCGCUGGCCGGAGGAGGAAGUUAAGAUGGCUGGCAUUAAGAGGCAGUGCCCCUUUUCUUCAGAGUAUCCAAUUUCACUAGCUUCAUUCACUUGCAAAUACCCUCCUAUGUCUAAGACAUAUGAAUCGUCCGACAUUCUAACAAGAGGUCCAUCAAACUCAGAUUCUUUGUCUGCACCCAUCACCAGGAGACUCUGCAGAGAAAACGAAGGUUUUGAUGGAGAUUUUCUAACUCUUGCCCCUCCAAUGGCUUCUUCACCUCAUAUACAUCUGGGAGGUGGUGAAGAGCUGAUUGGGCGACUUGUGACGAGUGGAUCAGAUCAACCGUUCAUCCACGGGUUUUGCCCAUUAACCGAACUACAGGUCGGGCAAGAAGCAACAACACCUAAUGAAUGCAGAGGUGAAGUCAGUGGGGGCGUUGAUCUGAACCUAAGGCUAUGAACGAACAUCUCACACAGGUUGUUGCUUAGGAAGAAGGAUUAAGGAAGAAGGUGUUUGUAGAUAAAUGUUUGUGUUCUUGUUGUUAUGUUUCAUAUGAAAGUUCAGUAAAAGAACAUUUGAUUGGUAAUCAACAAUAAAAGAACAGUAUGAUG